AUGAAGGUGAUUGAUAAGAUCCAGUCUCUUGCCGACGAAGGCAAAACGGCGUUUUCCUUCGAAUUCUUCCCACCGAAGACAGAAGAUGGAGUCGACAAUCUCUUCGAGAGGAUGGAUCGUAUGGUUGCUUAUGGUCCAACUUUCUGCGAUAUCACUUGGGGAGCUGGUGGAUCUACGGCUGAUCUGACCCUCGAUAUCGCUUCGAGGAUGCAAAACGUUGUUUGUGUUGAGAGUAUGAUGCAUCUCACUUGUACGAACAUGCCUGUGGAGAAGAUUGAUCAUGCUCUUGAGACGAUUAGAUCUAAUGGUAUACAGAAUGUGCUUGCUCUUAGAGGUGAUCCACCUCAUGGUUCGGAUAAAUUUGUUCAGGUUGAAGGUGGGUUUGGUUGUGCUUUGGAUCUUGUGAAUCAUAUAAGGAGCAAGUAUGGUGAUUACUUUGGAAUCACUGUUGCUGGUUAUCCUGAGGCUCAUCCUGAUGUUAUUGGAGAAAAUGGUCUUGCUACGAGUGAAGCUUAUCAGAGUGAUCUUGAGUACCUGAAGAAGAAGGUUGAUGCUGGAGCAGAUCUGAUUGUUACUCAGCUUUUUUAUGAUACUGAUAUAUUCCUCAAGUUUGUGAACGAUUGUCGGCAAAUUGGGAUAAAGUGUCCCAUUGUUCCUGGAAUUAUGCCCAUUAAUAACUACAGAGGAUUCUUGCGUAUGACUGGUUUCUGCAAGACUAAGAUACCAGUUGAGGUCAUGGCUGCCUUGGAGCCUAUUAAGGAUAAUGAAGAAGCUGUGAAAGCCUAUGGUAUUCACCUCGGAACAGAAAUGUGUAAAAAGAUUUUGGCUCAUGGAAUCAAGUCUCUUCAUCUCUACACACUGAACAUGGAGAAAUCCGCUCUUGCAAUAUUGAUGAAUCUUGGUAUGAUUGAUGAGUCCAAAAUUUCUCGCUCUUUACCAUGGAGACGUCCUGCAAAUGUUUUCCGUACUAAGGAAGAUGUCCGUCCCAUUUUCUGGGCAAACCGUCCAAAGAGCUACAUUUCUAGAACUAAGGGCUGGGAAGACUUCCCACAAGGCCGGUGGGGUGAUUCACGCAGUGCUUCAUAUGGUGCACUCUCGGAUCACCAGUUCUCACGUCCACGGGCACGUGACAAGAAGCUUCAACAAGAAUGGGUUGUCCCACUGAAAAGUGUUGAAGAUAUUCAGGAGAAAUUCAAGGAGUUCUGCCUUGGAAACUUGAAAAGCAGUCCAUGGUCUGAAUUAGACGGUCUCCAGCCAGAGACAAAGAUCAUAAACGAGCAACUGGUAAAAAUCAACUCCAAAGGCUUCUUGACCAUCAAUAGCCAACCAUCAGUCAACGCUGAGAAAUCUGAUUCCCCAACUGUUGGAUGGGGUGGUCCUGGUGGUUAUGUAUACCAAAAGGCUUAUCUAGAGUUCUUCUGCUCAAAGGAUAAGUUAGAUGCAGUGGUUGAGAAAUGCAAAGCUUUGCCAUCUAUAACUUACAUCGCUGUGAGCAAAGGAGAAAGCUGGGUAUCAAACACUGCUCAAUCCGAUGUGAAUGCUGUUACUUGGGGAGUUUUCCCGGCUAAAGAAAUCAUUCAACCAACCAUUGUCGAUCCCGCUAGCUUCAAUGUCUGGAAAGAUGAAGCAUUUGAGACUUGGUCAAGAAGCUGGGCUGGCUUGUACCCAGAAGCCGACCCUUCCAGAAACUUGCUCGAAGAGGUGAAGAACAGCUACUAUUUGGUAAGUUUGGUAGAGAACGACUACAUCAACGGUGACAUAUUCGCAGUCUUUGCUGGUCUUUGA